UUUCAGUUUCUUCAUUUCGUUUUCACAAUGGCCAAUUUUUCAGGCUCCUCAUUAAUUCGGUUUUGCAUGCUGUGGUAUUCGUGAUCCCACCAAAAUGUUACCUUAAUCAUUUUCAAUUGUAGCAGUUGUGAUUUUCAGCAAAAAACAAACCAGUAGUGAUCAGUAAGCCAUGUCGGCCGUUCUGGAUGGCACGAUCGUAUUGGACGAUGAUUCCGAUGUGGACGAGGACGUGAUUUUCGUGGAUGAAAUACGUUCGCAUUCGAACAAGUCUCAUGGCAAAGCGUCAGAUUCCCAAGGAACCAAUAAACGGAAAAGCUCGGAAGUGAUCCCCUUAUCAGCUGUUGGCGCUAUUCGUACCAAGCAUCCAGAAGGUGCGGAGGUGAUCACUUCCUCUUCGCAAGCAGCAUGCAUCCAGGAGUGCUUAGACUCCGUCACAGGAAAUGUGCACAAGAAGAAAGUAUUCUCAGUUGCUCGCGUUUCGUCUCCACAAACAAGUAUUCAUCGGCAUGAAGUCGAAAAAUCCAAAAUGGUCAAAUGCCCUCUUUGCGAUGAAAGCGUCCCAAGCAUUUCGGCAGUGAUAUUUGAAAUAUGUCGGCAUGCCUUUUGUCGGCAGUGCGUCAGUUUGGACUUCAGAAGCCGAAUUCGAAGGAAAGAUCUGAAGCGUUUAACUUGCUUGAAUGAAAAUUGUGCGACGCCUGCUGAUGAUGCCAUGAUCUCAAAACUGGUCGAUACGGCCACUUUUAAUCAGUAUUCAGACAAGAUUUCCCAGUUGUUUCUUUCAGAAAAUCCGCUGAUGGUAAGGUGCCCGAACGAUACGUGUGGUACGCCAAUGGAGCUGCCUAGAAAUGACCGACCAUACGAAAUCCGAUGCGUAACGUGCGGAUAUUGGUUUUGUUCAAGUUGCCUUCAUGCACAGCACAAUCCACUACCAUGUCUCUUUGGAAAAAUUAUGAUGUUAAGCGCACAGGAAAAGAAAGAUGUAUUUGACACAUUUUUGGCCGCGCAAGCUGCGAAAGAAGUUGUUCCGGGAUUUCACGAGCAGAUCACCGUUCCGGAAAACGGGACAAGGUUCGGUUUUCGUAGAAUAUUUGAAAGGUGUUUGGAUUCAAACAUUGCGACCGUUGAGGUGGAUGAUCCAUUUAUUCAGUCGCCGUUUCAAAUCCAACGGUUUGUAGAAUUUUGUUCCGUUGUUUUAAGACUCGCACCGGGUUUACGAAAGAUCUGCCUGCGGACAAGAAUUUCUCCGAAGGGAAACGAGCAACUGAAAAGUUUUCGUAACUCGCUUGCCAUACGAAAUCUUACGCUGGAUGUAGAAAAUAACCCGCAUCUUCAUGAUAGAGAAAUAAGAUUUGAUAAUGGAUGGACGGUGAAAAUCGGCCGCGGCUUAGAUUUUCAGCGUUUUGACAAGAAGGACCCUCUUUCGUGUGUAGAUUUGGAUUUUCGCAGAUGUUUGCCUACCACAAUCGAUUAUUUUUAUAAGCCGAAAAAGUAACUAGUUUGUUCCCGAGAUUUUGUAUCGUUUACACCUUUUUGUGGCCUUGGAUUUACGAACGCGUUCGUUUUACGUUUAAUAAAACAACAGUUCACUCCUGCUUGUGACCAC